GGUAUACUUGGACAGAGGGUUGGCAAUGGAUGUGGUAUACUUGGACAGAGGGGUGGCUGUCGACGUGGUAUACUUGGACAGAGGGGUGGCGGUGGACAUGGUAUACUUGGACCGAGGGGGCUGUGGACGUGGUAUACUUGGACAGAGGGGUGGCGGUGGACAUGGUAUACUUGGACAGAGGGGUGGCGGUGGACAUGGUAUACUUGGACAGAGGGGUGGCGGUGGACGUGGUAUACUUGGACAGAGGAGUGGCGGUGGACAUGGUAUACUUGGACAGAGGGGUGGCGGGGGACAUGGUAUACUUGGACAGAUGGGUGGCGGUGGAUGUGGUAUACUUGGAGAGAGGGGUGGCUGUCGACGUGGUAUACUUGGAAAGAUGGGUGGCGGUGGACGUGGUAUACUUGGACAGAGGGGUGGCGGUGGACAUGGUAUACUUGGACAGAGGGGUGGCGGUGGACAUGGUAUACUUGGACAGAGGGGGCUGUGGAUGUGGUAUACUUGGACAGAGGGGUGGCGGUGGACAUGGUAUACUUGGACAGAGGGGGUGGCGGUGGACAUGGUAUACUUGGACAGAGGGGUGGCGGUGGACGUGGUAUACUUGGACAGAGGAGUGGCGGUGGAUGUGGUAUACUUGGAGAGGGGUGGUGGCGUGGUAUACGAGAGUGGCGGUGGACGUGGUAUACUUGGAAGAGGGGUGGCGGUGGACGUGGUAUACUUGGACAGAGGGGUGGCGGUGGACAUGGUAUACUUGGACAGAGGGGGCUGUGGAUGUGGUAUACUUGGACAGAGGGGUGGCGGUGGACGUGGUAUACUUGGACAGAGGAGUGGCGGUGGAUGUGGUAUACUUGGACAGAGGGGAGGUGGUGGAUGUGGUAUACUUGGACAGAGGAGUGGCUGUGGAUGUGGUAUACUUGGUCUGAAUGGUCUGGGGGUGUCAGUGGUG